AUGAGUUUUGUUUAUGCAGCACAGGCAAGAGAAGCAGAGGAAAACAAAGCAGAAGAAAGAGAAAGUGAAGAGGAGCAAACGGUUGCUGAGAGUGAGCAAGAGAAAAACAUAGUCAAGAAAAGAAAAAUAGAAGGUAUAGAGGAGGAAAAGAUACCUGAGGAAAAAAAAGAAGACAAAACAACCCAGGGAGGAAACUAUACAGUUCUGGGUAGGCUGUCAGUGCCAGGCACCAAAAGGAAGUACACUGUAACCCAAGAUGAACUGAAGAGAAGAAUCAUGGCAGAAAACAUGUCUAACAAUCUGUUAAGAAGCCUGAUUAGGGUUCGUAAAGAGGAUCUCCCUGAGGAGCUCAGAGAACAGCGGCCGAUCAAAGCAAAGACAAAGAUAAGCAUGUUCUCUGCUCUCAGUGAAGGGGAGGCCACAGAUUUGGCCCAGGAUCUGGGAGCCAUGCUUGGGCGACAUGUAAACCUAGACAUGACUGAAAGUGUUCCCAGUGCUGAGGCAGAUGUUGCAAAGAAUACACUCUGCACUCUCCAGCACUUGCUAAGGGAAAAACUGGGAGAGGAAUCACCUUUUAGUCUGCUAACCCAUACGCUUGGACCACAAGUGGUAGAUGUUGUCAUCUCAUUUUUAAUCAGUCAGUUUAAGUAGAGGUUCACUGA